UAUGCAAUUUCAAAUUCUCAAUCAUAAAAACACAAAUUCAAAAGCUUUUAUAAAUCUUAAAACUUAAAGGUAAAAAGGACGUAAAGAGAAAAAAAAAUGCGUUUAAAAUGAUUUUGAAAAAAAAAGAACGGGAGAGCAAUACGGACGAGGACAAUUUUAUUGCUGACGGUGAAAUUUCUUGUCCGAAAAAGCUACUCCCCAGUCUUAAGCAAGAGCAAAAUGGGUGUUGUAUUUCGGGUGAGACUCUGUAAAUCGAGAGUGACUAUCCAACAAAAAGUCCCAAAGUCCAAACACCGAGGAAAAUCAAAACGUCCUCCCUCUGUCUCUCGCAUCUCAAAUCUGAAUUGCAAACUUUCGCAGACAAAAGAAAAGAAAGUCUUCGAUUAUGGCUUUUCAAGGGAAGAAACUCAUCAACAACCCCAACGAUGUGGUGACUGAAUUUAUUGAGGGUCUUGUGGAAACAUAUCCUGGACUCCAGUACUUAGAUGGUUUUCCGGAGGUGAAGGUUGUAAUUCGUGCUGAUGUUUCAGGUGCAACAUAUGACAAGGUUGCUGUCAUAUCAGGAGGUGGAAGUGGGCAUGAACCUGCACAUGCUGGAUUUGUGGGAGAAGGGAUGCUGACAGCUUCCAUUUGUGGAGAUGUUUUCGCUUCUCCUCCAGUUGAUUCAAUUUUAGCUGGCAUUCGAGCUGUGACUGGUCCUAUGGGAUGUCUUCUGAUAGUUACGAACUAUACCGGUGAUCGUUUGAAUUUUGGUUUGGCUGCUGAGCAAGCAAGAUCUGAAGGUUAUAAAAUAGAAACUGUAAUUGUCGGAGAUGAUUGUGCAUUACCUCCACCUCGAGGCAUUGCUGGACGAAGAGGUUUGGCAGGAACUAUUCUUGUUAAUAAGGUUGCUGGAGCUGCAGCUGCAGCUGGCCUUUCUCUUGCUGAUGUUACUUCAGAGGCAAAACGUGCAUCUGAGAUGGUUGGAACUAUGGGUGUUGCAUUAUCUGUUUGCACAUUGCCUGGUCAGGUUACUUCUGAUCGCUUAGGCCCAGGAAAGAUGGAACUUGGUCUGGGAAUUCAUGGGGAACCUGGUGCUGCUGUGGCAGACCUCCAGCCUGUGGAUGUGGUGGUUUCCCAUGUUCUCAAGCAAAUAUUAUCACCGGAAACUAACUAUGUUCCAAUUACACGAGGCAAUAGAGUGGUGCUCAUGAUUAAUGGCUUAGGUGCCACUCCUAUGAUGGAACUUAUGAUUGCAGCUGGAAAGACUGUCCCUAAAUUGCAGCUGGAAUUUGGACUUGCUGUUGAAAGAGUGUAUACAGGGUCAUUUAUGACCUCUCUUGAUAUGGCAGGAUUUUCAAUCUCUAUAAUGAAGGCAGAUCAAACUAUUUUGCAACGCCUGGAUGCUCUCACUACGGCUCCUCAUUGGCCUGUUGGUUCUGCUGGUAAUCGUCCCCCAGCCAAGAUUCCUGUUCCAUUGCCACCAUCUCGUGUAACAAAGAGUGAGGAGUCAUUAUGUCGGCCGGUGCAGCUUAGUGAACGUGGCCGUAUUCUUGAAGUGGCUAUUGAGGCAGCAGUAAAUGCAGUAAUUGGUAUGCGGGACAGUUUGAAUGAUUGGGAUAGCAAAGUAGGUGAUGGUGACUGUGGGUCAACAAUGUACAGAGGUGCAACAGCAAUCCUUGAUGAUAUGAAAAAAUAUUAUCCUCUGAAUGAUGCUGCCGAAACAGUGAAUGAAAUUGGAUCAUCUGUUAGAAGAGCUAUGGGAGGAACAAGUGGAGUCUUAUACAAUAUAUUUUGUAAGGCAGCAUAUGCACGGUUGAAAGCUAACUCAGAUUCAAUUGUCACAGCAAAGCAAUGGGCUGAAGCACUUGAAGCUGCCAUUGCUGCAGUCAGUAAAUAUGGUGGGGCUAGUGCUGGUUAUCGUACAUUAUUGGAUGCCCUUAUUCCUGCAUUAGCAGUUCUUAAGGAGAGAUUAACUGCUGGUGAUGAUUCUUCUACUGCUUUUGUUCUCUCAUCUGAAGCUGCAUUGGCGGGAGCUGAAUCAACUAAACACAUGCAGGCACAGGCGGGGUGGUCAAGCUAUGUCUCUGCGAAUAUACUUGCAACAGUUCCAGAUCCUGGUGCUAUGGCGGCAGCUGUGUGGUAUAAUGCAGCAGCUUUGGCUGUGAAGGAUAAAUAUCAAGCUUCAUGAACUGAUCUAUCAAAAAUUAUAUCCUCGUCUUACAGUUCAUGUCUUCUUUUUCUUCAAGUUGACAAAGCAAAAAUAUUUUUUAAUGGUUAAUGCUACUAAUUGGCUUUCCGCUUAUGCAUUUUCUAUAUUUUUUUUGGGUGCACAAAGCUGAGAGAGCGAAUUUCAUAUAUGUCCACGAAUAUUGAAAGUUCUUAAAAAUGUAAAUGCAGCAAGAGUUAUUGAAAACAA